UGUGUCAUUGCAAGCGACUCUUUGAAGUUAACCCCUGUAGCAAACGUGUUCCUCAAUCCUCCCAUUCCUAUUUGUUUGUCAUGGAGAGAAAAAGAAAAAGCUCGCUGCGAUUCUGAUUCUGCUUAUGAGAUCUUUUCGCAAUUAAUUCCUUCGUUGCUUGGGAGUUUGCCCCUAAUUUUGUGCGAUUCAUCUGUUUCUUGUGUAACAAUUUUUGUUAGUGUGAGCAGAUAUUAGCUCCCUCUUCUGCAACAACCUGCUACGUAUAUUGCAUAUAUUAUAACAAGUAACAAGACACAGUACAAUCGGCUGGAAUAUAUAUAUAUAUAUAUAUAUAUAUAUAUAUAUUCUAACUUGUUCUUUACGUUCUAAAGGCGUUUGCUGAUUUUCUAAAAGUGUGCGAUCUUCGGAGAAACUUGUGACGGCCGACAUGGAGGAACGGUAUGAGCCACUGAAAGAACUUGGUUCUGGGAAUUUCGGAGUGGCCAGGUUGGUGAGAGACAAGAUCACGAAGGAACUUGUUGCUGUCAAGUACAUAGAAAGAGGGAAAAAGAUUGACGAGAAAGUUCAGAGGGAGAUCAUUAACCACCGAUCUUUAAGGCACCCAAAUAUUAUCAAGUUUAGAGAGGUCUUGCUGACCCCAACUCAUUUAGCUAUUGUCAUGGAGUAUGCUGCAGGCGGCGAACUCUUUGAGAGGAUAUGCAGUGCGGGUCGAUUCAGUGAAGACGAGGCAAGAUUUUUCUUCCAGCAGCUAAUAUCUGGAGUUAGCUACUGUCACUCAAUGCAAAUUUGUCACAGAGAUUUGAAAUUGGAGAACACUCUCUUGGAUGGCAGUCCAACACCUCGACUGAAAAUAUGUGACUUCGGUUACUCCAAGUCUGCUAUACUGCACUCUCAACCGAAAUCUACUGUUGGAACACCUGCUUACAUUGCUCCGGAGGUUCUGUCCCGAAAGGAAUACGAUGGAAAGAUUGCGGAUGUUUGGUCAUGUGGUGUAACGCUUUAUGUCAUGUUAGUGGGAGGAUACCCAUUUGAAGAUCCUGAAGAUCCUAGGAAUUUCCGGAAGACAAUUGGAAGAAUAAUGAGUGUUCAGUACUCCAUUCCCGACUAUGUACGUGUCUCUGCGGAUUGCAGACAUCUUCUUUCUCGCAUCUUUGUCGCCGACCCCGCCAAAAGGAUAACGAUCCCAGAGAUAAAACAACACCCUUGGUUUUUGAAGAACCUGCCUAAAGAGAUGAAUGAAACAGAGAAAAAAGUCAACGAGGAAGCAGAGAAAGAUCAUCCGAGCCAGAGUGUUGAAGAAAUACUGCGAAUCGUACAAGAGGCAAGGAUACCGGGGAAAGAAUCAAAGGGCGGUGGGCAAGUUGGUGGAGGAGGAUCAUUGGACGGUGAGGAUGAUGAUGAAGAAUCGGAACUUGAUGUUAGUGGUGACUAUGCUACGACAACAUAGUCACGAAUAUCAGAUUGUGCAGUAUAUUAUGUUCGAGUACAUAUCAAGCCUUGUUCGUAGAUUGGGGUUCGUGUUUAUUAUCUGAAUAAUGUAUUAGAUUCCUUACUGUAAAAAGGCUUGAUUGUCUGUUCUUUUCACAAACAACAAACCACAAAGCUGCAAAGGUUGUAAAUUUUUUUUUUUUGGGGGUCCAAGAAAGGGCUUAACCUUGUUAAGAUGGCGUCGGAUUUAUCAUUUAUUACCUGCUAUCUUGUGGUGUUUACUACAAUUACAGAAACGAAUGAAGAAAACCAGCUUCAAUCC